AUGGCUCAACUUUCUGCCCAGAGCCGCGUGAAGCUGAUGGCCCUCCAGCUGCUGCUGUGGCACAGUGCACUCUGGACAGGACAAGAGGCCAUUCCCCUGGCUCCUGUCACCUCUCAGCCACCAACCCUGCCUUUGCCCCGGAGCUUCCUGCUUAAGUCCUUGGAGCAAGCGAGGAAGAUUCAGGCCAGGACCUCGGUGCUGCUGGAGCAGCUGUGUGCUACCUACAAGCUGUGCCACCCAGAGGAGCUAGUGCUGCUCGGCCACUCUCUGGGUCUCCCACAGGCUCCUCUGAGCCACUGCUCCGGCCAGGCCCUGCAGCUGACCAAGUGCCUGAGCCAACUCCACCGCGGACUGUUCCUGUACCAAGGCUUCCUGCAGGCCCUAGCGGGCAUUUCCCCGGAGUUGGCCCCUACCAUGGACAUGCUGCAGCUUGAUGUUGCCAACUUUGCCACCACCAUCUGGCAGCAGAUGGAAAACCUGGGGGUGGUCCCUGCUGGGCAGCCCACCCAGAGCACCAUGCCAACCUUCACCUCUGCCUUCCAGCGCCGGGCGGGAGGUGUCCUGGCCACUUCCCGCCUGCAGAGCUUCCUGGAGACGGCUCACCACGCUCUGAACCGCCUCGCCUAG